AUGUCAAAAUCAUUUGUUGAUAGAAAAGAUAGAGUUACAUAUACAUUAUAUAGAAACAGUGCUGUUGAUAGACAAGGUAGAUCUAUCAAUGAAUUGGUUCAAAAACAAAAGCAAGAAAAAAGUACUAAACAAAAUAAUAAUAGUCGUAGAAUAGCAGGAGGAGAUGAAGAUUAUGAUGAGGAUGAUGAAUAUUAUGACGACGAUGACGACGAAUAUUAUGACGACGACCAAGAAGAAUACGACGAUGAUCAGGAAGAUGACCAAGAAGAGAACGACGACGACCAAGAAGAUGGCAAAAAGAAAAAAGAAGACGACGAUUUACAUUUGAUUGGAUUUAGAAAAGAUGGGUACGACUAUUCAAAACAUUUGAAACCAAUUGGUGGUGGUAUUUUUAUUCCAGCCGUUUAUGACCUAAGCACUUUAAAGAAUGUAAAGGGAGGAAUUGUAGGUCUUAUUAGAGAAAGUGAACCAACUCCCUAUAUGUACGGUCUAGAGGAAAUUAGUAAACAUUAUGUAAAAAAUGAAAAGGAAUUAUCAGGAGUUGUUGAUAGUGAUUUGAUUGAUGCAAUGGGAAGUGAUGAUGGAGAAUUUGAAGAUUUGGAUGAUGAUUUUAUUUUACAAGCCAACGGAGGAAACCUCGAUGGAUUGGAUGAACAAGUAAAAGAAGCAAGACGUAAAUUAAAAAGUUUGGAAUUAUUGGAUGAUGACGAACAAGAUGAAGGUGACCGAAUUGCCGGAAGACAUGUAGAUGAAGAGUUGGAGGCUGACUUUGAGGCUGCCCUCGAGGAGUAUGAUGAUGACGAAAUUGGAGAAUUAGACAGAGACGUUGCUCGUGGUCAAUUCUCUACCGAUCAAUAUGAACAAGUAUUUGAUGAAUUCAUGGAUGAAUACAAAAAGAACCAUACACCAUUUAUCGAUCAACUCAUUCAAUUAAAGAGAGAGGAUCCAACCAUUGCGCUCACUGCCCAAGAGAAAAUAGAAAUCCUUGAAAGAGAUUGGGAAAGUUCAUCAUCAGAGGAUGAAGACGAAGGAGAGGAUCGUGAGGUAUGGGACUGUGAAACCAUUCUCACCACCUACACCAAUAUCUAUAACCAUCCAUCCACCAUCAGAGAAGAGGGUAUCAAAAAGAUCCAACUCUCGAAAAAGACUGGCAUUCCUUUGGGUGUCCUCCCAACAAGAACAAGAGAAAUCGAGGAAGAAGAGGAAAGAAUCAAUUACGGUGAAGCCAUCGAAAAGGACGAAUCCAAAGAAGACAAGAAAGAAAGAAAAAAGGCCGUCAAGGAGUUGAAAAAGGCUGCAAGAGAACAAAAGAAGGAUUUGAAACAGGCUUUCAAGAGCGAAGAAAUGAAACAAAAUAAGAUCAAUAGAGCCCAAAGAUUAAAUAAAGCCACCGCUGUUCAGUUUUAA